AUGGCUCGGGACAAUAGUGCGCAAGUGAUUGUUAUUGGCGCCGGCCUGUCGGGUCUCACAGCUGCCUCAGCAUUAAAUCGUCAAGGCAUUGAUGUCAUUGUACUUGAGGCAUCAUCCAAUGUAGGCGGCAGAGUGAAUUCGGCCGAUACCAAACUGGGAUCACAUCUGGACCUUGGAGGGCAAUGGAUUGGGCACGGACAUCAUCGCAUUGCUGCUCUGGUAGACAAGGCGAGAGGCACGACAUACCAGACGUUCUCACGCGGCCUACCGAAUAUUGUUCGCGAAGGUCGCACUGUUUCUCCCUUUUCUCCGUCCGUGUUUCUUGCGACUAUCUAUCUUCUCUUCUUCGAGCUAGCGAGCAGGAUGUAUGUUCCGCGGCGCUGGAUUAACGUCUCGGUGGACAAGGCCAUUGCAACACUCGUCCCCUUGGAAAUUACUCGACAACUCCUUCAUCUGCUCGUUGCAGUAUGUUCUACCACAGAAUUGGCCAUGUUUUCGGUCUACAGCUUUGCCAAAGCGAUUCCUCUCUCUGGGGGGUUAUUGACGAUGUUACGUACGCAAGGCGGAGCUCAAGACCGUUUGGUUGUGGAAUCUAUGGGCAUCACUACAUCCAUGUUAGCCAACGAGCUCUCUCGGAAAGUUUUAACCGACAUGUCUGUCACGAGCGUGUCCCAAAUUCAUAGAGAUGAAGUGACUAUACGUACAGCGUCAGGCCGACAGUUCCACGCUAGGAAAGUGAUAAUCACGGUUCCACCACCAAUGUUGAAAAGCAUUAAGUUCGACCCGCUGCUGCCACCCGAACGCAUAGCGCUACAGGAAAAUACCCGUAUGGGCGUCGUCUACAAAGCCAUCGCUGUUUUCGACAAGCCCUUCUGGCGUGAAGGAUUGGGCGGGGAAUUUCUCGUUCUUGACAAUCCCGCAUGUGGCGUCUUCGACUCUUCGUCGCCUGGAGGCCCUGGGCACUUGUGCUUCCUAGUACCCGGCACUCCCGCACGCCAGCUCGAUACGCUUGAUCCAAGUGUGCGGCGCGAAUUGCUGUUGUCACGACUUGCGCCACAUCUCGGGCAUCAAGUGCUCCAGCCUGUGGACUGGCUCGAAAAACCCUGGCAUUUGGACGAAUAUUGCGGUGGCGGGUAUCUAGCAUAUGCGCUUGUUGGCACCAGUGAAGGUACUCUGCCGAUGCCUCAUAAACCAAUCAACAAUUUGCACUGGGCGGGGACAGAGACGGCGCAGGAACACCCUGGAUAUCUAGAAGGAGCCGUGCAGUCGGGCGAGCGUGUCGCCAAUGAAGUCGCUUGUGCUCUUGGUGGAGCCCACACUGACGAUCAAAAAGAAAGGACAUGA